ACAUCCUCCCAGCUUGAUACCCACCCUCUCCCCUCCCACGGCACCUCGUUGCACUUCAUCGCACCCCGCCUCAUAGCCCCGCCACGAUGCAGUAUGUCCGGUCUCUCAGUGGUUCUGUGUCAAAAACAUGGAAUUCAAUAAACCCAGCAACAUUGAGCGGUGCCAUUGACGUGAUAGUCGUGGAACAGGAUAAUGGCGACCUGGCAUGUUCUCCUUUUCACGUCCGGUUCGGAAAGUUCUCGCUCCUGCGACCCUACGAAAAGAAGGUGGAGUUCAAAGUCAACGGUGCAAGAACGGAUUACUCGAUGAAGCUCGGCGAAGCCGGAGAGGCUUUCUUCGUCUUUGAAACUUCGGGGAUUGUGCCUAGAGAUUUGCAGACGUCGCCAUUAGUAUCACCAGCAUCGAGUCCGCGCUCGGAACCUUCUGUACCCGACGCUACGUCAUUGCAAGAACCAGAUUUCCUCGACAUAGCGGAUUUCAGCGGAACAGCGAAACCGACAGUGCGCCCGAAUCGCGCGCAAUCGGAUCUGAGGGCACAGUCGGAUUUCGGCAGCACGGCACCCCUCGCAAAUGCACCGUCAGAUCUUAUGCGCCCGGCGAGUGGUGACUGGUCGGGGACGUCGUUGGCGAUGGAGCGGAGUCAAUCCGACGAGGUGCUCACUGUCAGCAGCAGCAAUGGGCGUCGCUACACUACUGCCGGCGAUAUGAACGGCCCGGUGAGAACACGCUCUCCACCACCACUGGAACGUGCGGCGGCUGUCGAGCGCGCCAUGGCGUUAUCGCGCAAGCUGUCGAUCUCGAACAUCCAGACGCACAUCACAAAUCAGGGUGACCUGAUGCUUGACAUGCACGGCUACAAGUUGGACCAGGAGGAUACCCUUGAAGCUGAGAAGCUGGCUCGGAGAAUCCUCGCCGAGGAACUCGACGGUGAUUACGAUUUCGGCUCCUUGAUCGGCGCUGAUAGAGACGGGAAUCUUUGGAUCUAUUCCAGCGAAGAGGCAAAGCAGAAGGCCGGACGGCAGGAAGGAUUCCUUCACGCCAUUGAGACCGCGGUCUCGGAUGGAGGCUACUCCUCGGAUGACGCAAAGAGUGGGUAUUCCUCGGGCGAGGACAAACGCGCCGUGCGGGCUACCUCGACUCCGGCUUCAACCCCGCCCUCGUCACCUCCCCCGGGCGGCCGCGAAUCCGGAAUCGACUCCAGGAGCUACGCAAAGACAUUGCGCCUGACCUCGGACCAGCUCAAGAGCUUGGACCUCAAGCCUGGCAGCAAUGAGAUUUCCUUCAGCGUCAACCGCGCCACCUGUACUGCCUACAUGUACCUAUGGCGGCAUGACGUCCCCAUCGUCAUCUCCGACAUUGACGGAACGAUCACCAAGUCCGACGCCCUCGGGCACAUCUUCACCAUGGUUGGACGGGACUGGACGCACCUAGGCGUCGCGAAGCUCUACACCGACAUCGCCGCCAACGGCUACAACCUCCUCUACCUCACCUCUCGCUCCGUCGGGCAAGCGGACACAACAAGAAACUAUCUCAACGGCAUUGUCCAAGACAGCUUCAAGCUCCCUAAGGGGCCCGUGAUCAUGUCUCCGGACCGAACCUUUCAUGCGUUACGGCGAGAAGUUUAUCUCCGCAAGCCGGAGGUGUUCAAGAUGGCGUGUCUACGGGACAUUUUUAAUCUAUUUGGCCCUGGGCACACGCCGUUCUACGCGGGCUUCGGAAACCGUCUCACGGAUGCGCUGUCAUACCGCAGCGUCAACAUCCCCAGCACUCGGAUCUUCACGAUCAACAGCAAUGCCGAGGUGGUGCUGGACCUCCUCUGUCUGACCAAGUACAAGAGCUCGUACGUCAACAUGCGGGAUCUCGUCGACCACUUCUUUCCGCCCGUACACAAGGUGGUCGAGGAGGAGUACACGGACUUCAACUUCUGGCGCGAGGGAAUCAUGGAUCCGGAAGACUUCAGUGAUUCUGACGAUGAGGGGCGCGACCAUGACGAUGAUGAGGACGACGACGACGAUGAGGACGCUGGGUACAUGGGUGAUUCGUACAUCGAGGACGGCGAGGAACUUGAGGACGAAGAGGGCGACGAUGAGGACGAAGACGACGAGGACGAGGAGGACGAGGAGUACGAUGAGUCGCAGAGUCAACUCGCAGACAGUAUUCUCCUCGAGCAGUCCCAGCACCAGCCUGAACUCCAGCCCCAACAACAACCUCAACAACCCCAACAACAACCACCGCACACACCCCAACCAGAACCCGAAGUCGAGGAGGAGAAAGAGGAUAAGAAGGAGAAGGUGGAGAAGGCAGAGAAGGAGCAGGACGAGGAGGAAGACAAACUCCCACCGUCCGAUCAAGAAAACAUCCGCGCGCAGCAAGAAAAGGGCUCCGCAAAGCGGUUCUACGCUGGCAUGAAGAACGACCUGGACGGGAGCCGGUUCGAGCAGGCGAAGGAGUUCGCCGAGCACGAGCUGGGAGCCCUCGGCAACGAGAUCGUCAGCGAGUUUGGGAAGCUCACGAGUUUGAUGCGGCCUGAUGGCGGGAAGAUGGAGGAGGCCAGGGAGAAGGAGGAGGAGGAUUUGUAGGAUUUCUUGGACGCGGGUAAGGGCGGGGGAAGGGGAAAGGGUGGAUGGGUGGAUGUAGGUUAUUACGAGGGAGGGAGGAUGGG